AUAGCGGCGGAGGAGGCGGGGCGAAAGGGAUAAAUCGCGGAAGUGCCGGCCGGGAAGGCGCUGCGUAGCGACGAAGAGGCAACAUGUCGGAGAGGAAAGUGUUAAACAAAUACUACCCUCCGGACUUUGAUCCAUCUAAAAUCCCGAAGCUUAAGCUCCCGAAGGAUCGGCAGUAUGUGGUCAGGUUGAUGGCACCUUUUAACAUGCGGUGCAAGACCUGUGGUGAAUAUAUUUACAAAGGCAAGAAGUUCAAUGCCCGAAAGGAGACCGUCCAGAAUGAGUCUUACCUGGGCCUUCCGAUCUUCCGGUUCUACAUCAAAUGCACGCGCUGCCUCGCAGAGAUCACGUUCAAAACAGACCCAGAAAACACAGAUUAUGCUAUGGAGCACGGGGCCACGAGGAACUUCCAGGCCGAGAAGCUGCUGGAGGAGGAGGAGAAGCGUGUGCAGAAGGAGCGUGAGGAUGAAGAGCUGAACAAUCCCAUGAAGGUUUUGGAGAACCGAACCAAAGACUCGAAGCUGGAGAUGGAGGUCCUGGAGAAUCUGCAGGAGCUGAAAGAACUCAACCAGCGCCAGGCGCAUGUGGACUUUGAAUCCAUGCUCCAGCAGUACCGGGACUACGAGGCCCAGCAGAAGCAGCGGGAGCUGGAGGAGGACAAGCAGGAGAUGAAGGCGAUGCUGGAGCAAGCCCAGGGCCGAAAGCUGUUGGAAGACUCCGAUUCGGAUGAGGACCGUCCCACACCUCGUGUGAAGCCCCCAGCGAAAGGGAAGCCAACGGACAUCCUGCAGGAGGACUCUGAGCCGAAAACAAAAAAGCUGAAAGUAGAAAGCUGGGAGAAGAGCGUCGGGAAGCUGUCUCAGAAGACCAAACUCUCGGGACUGGUGGCAGCGAAGAGGCGGCCGGUCCUCGGCCUGGCAAAUGGAGCAGGGGGUCCGGAUGCACCAGGGGCGGAGAAUCGGAGCGGUGCCAGCGCCUCCACCGGCCCUCUCCUGCAUUCGGAGUCCCGUGCAGGGAGCUCGUCCCUCAGCCUCCUGGGAGCUUACUCCGACAGCGAGGACAGCAAAAGCGACUGACCGGCCCUGGGUUCGAGGAACCUUGCAUUUCCCGGCUCCACCUGGUUUUUUUUUCCCCAUCCCGCUAGUAGACACUGGUGACUGUUUUCAAGACAAUGUUUCUCUGUUGAGCUCCUUCGCCCUGGAACUGCCUGUGAACGGAAGGAGCUGCUUCCCUUCCCUUCUGCCGCUGCAACAGAGGGUGGCAGUGUGGUGCUUCGUUCCGGUGUGAGUAGCCCAAUGGCAACUUGGUCCUCAACCUCUUUUCCAUUUUUUUGCCCUCUUCUGUUACUGAGCGAAACAGAACUUUCAGGGAGGUUUCUCCCUCCACUUACGGCCCCAUAAACUUGCCUCCGUGACCUUGAUAGAAGACUUUUAGAAGAAAUAUUUAACCAUGUAACCGUGCUUCCACCCCCUCAUCGUGCAACGUGGGGAAAAUAUUGAGGGGGGGAAACAUACACAGCCGAUGAGUAUGACUCUACUGUAAGAAUAAUAUUGUUAUUCAUUGAAA